UGUAUUUUAAACGAAUUUAAACGGAAACUACUUGCAGUAAUUAUGUUUUAGAGAGAACUAUUUUAAAGAGAUUUUUCUGCUUUCUUAAAUUUGAGCUGUCAAAAUCAGGGCGUGCUUCGUUUUGUUUACCCUGCCCUUUGACUCAUCAAGGGCUGGGCUGGGACACCACAGGCAAACAUAGGAAAAGAUAGAAGAUGGACUACUGCUGGUGGUAUCAGUGGGUUGUUUGUUAUCAGCUUGGGAAAUGAUGUGGCAGUUGCAGUUGCACUUUGGGUUUACAGAACAUUGUUUGAAAUUGAAGGAUGGAACACAGAGGUCGGCCCAGAUCACAAAUGGGACAACCCAAAACCAGGGACCCUAGACUGGAUUACUACAAGUAUCCAAACCAGGAGAGAGGGCAGUGCUACCCUCUGCCAGACCCCAGAGAAUGGGACAGGACCUGGGGCCACCCUGAGUCACGCUUCAUGCCCCCUAUGGCCAGUCCUGUGAGGGGAGAUCCUUACACCUACGGACCUCAGCCCUAUCCUUAUGGGUAUGGAUGGGGAGAGCAGCAGCAACCACAUUCAAGACAUGGUUAUGACUAUUCAGCCUACAGUCAGUGGGACUACAGGGACAAUUACAGUUACUACGAACAGGACUAUUACCGAGGACAGCACCAGCACCCAGAUGGAGGUCAGUGGGGACAACAUGAGUCCUGGCAAAGGGAACAGUAUCAAGAACACGCAGAAAAACAGAAAAACAUUUCAACCAACACAGAGGAGAGGUAUGACCAAAGGAAAGAGAAUGCACAAAAAUACAAAAGCAACUAUGAGGACACUACAAACAAAGAAAAUGGGGACUUUUAUUAUUUUGGAACAUUGGAAAGCUCCAAAGCCUCAGGUCUGUCCUCCAGCAGCUACGAACUAAGUCUGUACAUCAAUGGGGCAGAGCAGAGUGAGUCUGGACCUGUACAUGUGCCAUCUGAUACUGAGCUAAACCCUCAGUUGUCUGCACCACUGAAGUAUUCCAUUCCUCAUGCAGUGGUCAGUUUUGGACCAGCUGGACAACUUCUACGGGUCACUCAGAAGAAUGUCAGCCAAGUAGAAAUACACAACAUCGAGGUAAUUCUUAGUGAGACACAAGAACAGCAAGAAAUGAGAAAGUUCCCUGGACCUUUAACAAGGGAAGAUUUGCACAAAGUAGAUGCAAUCGAGUUUGCCCACCAGAUGGCAGGAGCGUGCUUGAGAGAUGACAAGCUGCAUGACAAGAACUCUGCUGCCCUCCUGUGGAAUUUACUCAUACUUCUCUGCAGGCAAAACGGGGCAAAGAAGUAUGAGUAA